UCUGAAGGCAUAUAAACCUGAUGGCGACAAACGCCAGGUACACCAAGGUAGAGGGGAAACCAAGAGAAAAAGAGAGAGAGAGAGAAAGAACGGUCAUUGCCACCACCUCGCGGUAGCCUCUUGAGGAGCAGCUGCUAAAGUCCUCUAUAUUUUAGGAAGACCUACCUACCAUAUUGGAAUGCUGUCUUAACGGCUCGAUAGUCUAGAGUCUAGACGGGUGAAUAUAAGUUUUCCUCCUCGAGGAUGUGGUACGCGAUGCGAUCAUCGAUAGUAGUACAAUUUGUGCUCUCCUCGUCGUCGUAGUCGACUAGGAACCAAGAGAAAGAGAGAGAGAAAAGAGAGUGAGAGAGAGAGAGAGAGAAAGAGAGAACAGAGGCACACUGCAGAAUCGACGGUACCUUCGCCUUCAGUUACCUGCCGAUCAUCAACCAUCGUCCUCGAAACGUACCGAGCAGUCCGAUUCAAACCCGCGGGUCCCAAUUGUGACAGUCCUUUCUUUUUUUUUUUAUCCCCUACACAAAAACCAUUUCAAACAAGUUUCGAUAAAUUAAAACAAGUUCCAAACCGUUUUCGGAUAAACUGUUUUAGUUUUUUUGUUUGUUCUUGAAUCAAUUUUCUUUUCAAAUUAUCCAAACAAGUUUUGCAUUGCUUUCAAAUAAAUUUCGUACAAUUUUGAACAAGUUUCGAGCCGUUCUGAACAAGUUUCCAAUAGUUUUGUACUAUUUCAGACAAGUUUCGUAAUAUUUCGGACAAGUUUCCAACAGUUUCGUACAAUUACGAACAAGUUUCAAGCCGUUUUGUACAAAUUUCGAACAGUUUCGUACUAUUUCGAACAGUUUUGUACAAGUUUCAAACAGUUUUGCACUGUUUCGAGCCGUUUUGUACAAGUUUCCAACAGUUCUAUACUAUUUAGAACAGUUUUUGACAAGUUUCCAACUGUUUCGAACAAGUUUCGAGACGUUUUGUACAAGUUUUCAACAGUUCUGUACUAUUUCGAACAGUUUUGUACAAGUUUCAAACAGUUUCGCACUGUUUCGAACAAGUUUCGAGCCGUUUUGUACAAGUUUCCAACAGUUCUGUACUAUUUCGAACAGUUUUGUAAAGGUUUCCAACAGUUUUGCACUAUUUCAAACAGUUUCGUACUAUUUCGAAUAAGUUUCGAUCCGUUUUGUACAAGUUUCCAACACUUUCGUACUAUUUCGAAGAAGUUUCGAGCCGUUUUGUACAAAUUUCCAACAGUUUCGUACUAUUUUGAAAAUUUUGUACAAGUUUCAAACAGUUUCGCAUUCUUUCGAACAAGUUUCGAGCCGUUCUGUACAAGUUUCCAACAGUUCUGUACUAUUUCGAACAGUUUCGCACAAUUUCGAACAAAUUUCUAACAGUUUCGUGCUAUUUCGAACAAGUUUCAAGCCGUUUUGUAUAAGUUUCAAACAGUUUCGUACAAUUUCAAUCAAGUUUCGAACAGUUUCGCAAAUUUUUGAAGUGUCAACAGUGUGCAAAAAUUAAAUUUUCCAAUUUGACAAGUUCGGAACAAAUAGGAACAAUUUAGAAUAAAAUUUUGGAAUGAUUAGAAACAAGUGUUGAUUAUUUCCUUAUUUUUUUUUUUGUGGAAAUUGGCACUGUUUUUUUUCUCUCGGAAGUGAAGGAAAAAAAAAGUAACGUCAGUGUAAAAUAAGAAAAGAAAAAAAGUGUUGAAGAAGGAAAAAUUCAACUCUCAUCAGAGAACGAGGGGAUGAUAUGCGGCGGAAUCUGAUUGUAAAUCGUUAUUCGUCCUAGUCGCCGGCUCUUGCCAGUAUCUGUCAAGAUGAAAGACCGACCAAGGCACGUUUGGGCAACCAUCCACAUCUGCAAUGUUUUGAUGCUCACAACAGUAACAGCCAAUCCUUUGUACAUUCCACAAUUCCUGUCUGGAGGCAAUGGAAGAAAUAUCAGACACUUGCCCUGCGUGUCAACGAGAACUGGAGAGACGGGUGUGUGUAUGUUCGCAUUCACCUGUGCAAAAGCAAAUGGAACACAUCUUGGCACAUGUAUCGAUCGCUUCUACUUUGGAAGUUGUUGUAAAAUCGAGCAAGAGCCUGACGCCGUUUUUCCUCAAGAUAAUACAAUUGAAGAUGGUCCUUUAUCUAUUUCUAAACCUCUAUUAACCACCACAUCAAGUUCCAUCGAAAGCAACGAAAUCCCACCGUAUUACACUAAACCUAAGCCAAUUUUAGAAAAGAGGCCACCACUCUCUGGAUUUAGUACACAGAGUACAACUUCAAAAAUUACAGAAACAAUUAUUACAAAACCGUAUAAAACGACAUCGAAAAAACCUUUAGUACCUACAACAACAGAGUCCAUUGGACUUUUCACCUUUCAAUCCGUACAAGAUGCUUCUCCUGAGGUUCGACCAACUGUUGGUAACAAUCAAGCAUCCACUUUUGAAAGUAGACAUCCUCCGAGUACGGGAAAACCUUUCACUACUGGCAAACCUUCAAGUAGUAACCCUCCAGUAACUAAACCCUUAAGUAGUAAACCAUUCAGUACUGGUAAGCCUUCAAGUACUGGCAAACCAACAAGUACCGGAAAACCAUCUAGUUCUGGAAAACCAUCCAAUACUGGAAAACCAUCCAGUACUGGAAAACCCUUCAGUACUACGAAUUCUUCAAGUACUGCAAAACCGUCGAAUACCAGAAAACCAGUAACUGGUUCAGGGAAACCAUCAACAAUUAGUACAAUUAACCCCUUAAGACGUCCUACACCUCCAUCAUCUGUUUCUUCAAGCUCUAGUUUCUCUUCUAGUUCCAGUUUUCCUUCUAGUUCUAGUUUCUCUUCUAGUUCUAGUCUUCCUUCUAGUUCUAGUCUUCCUUCUAGUUCUAGUUUUCCUUCCAGUUCUAGUCUUCCUUCUAGUUCUAGUUUUCCUUCUAGUUCAGCUUCUUCCGGUUUUCCUUCAAGUUCAGUAUUUAACCCAUCAACAGGUGCUAACCCUCCAACCACACUCGGUUUUCCCUCAACCUUCGGUUCAUCAUCGUUUCAUCCAGUUGGUACUCUAUCAGCAAACAGUUGGCCAUCAACAACUUCUAGUUUACCAUCUCAUUCGUCGACUUUUGGUUCAUCAAUGUUGACACCAUCAACUCCGGCUUCAACUAUUUCUCAGAAACCAACUAUCAGCAUAACCCAAUCACCAUUAAUUAAGAAUCUCACGCAGAGUAGUGAAUCUUCGUCAACAACUGUAACACUAGAAACAACAAUAAAACCCCUAACAACCUUUCCAACAACUAGGAUUCCAUCAACGAGAUUCCCACCCAGAAAUGCAACAACCAACAGACCGACGACGACAACAACAACUCGAAAACCCGUUCUGACCUCAACGACAAUCAAAAAACCCACUUUGAGUACAGUAACGAAAAAACCAACAAUUGCCAAUACUUCUGUUAAAAAACCAACGGUACCUACCAAAAGGCCUGCUACCACAACAAGACCACAAGAAACUGUAAAACCAGUUUCAGUGACAAAACCAUCGAAACCAAUAAAACCAACAAGACCAAUUUCUACCAGUACUAGAGUUCCAUCUACUACUGAACCCAGCGCAACGGAAACUAUACCCUUCGGUGGUUUUAAACCCACAACAAAAAAACCCGUUUUUGAUAAGACUCCAUCUAAAAUAACAACAGUGAGACCAACAACCACUAAAACAAAACCUGCUAGCAAGCCUACAAAGACCAGUUCGACAAAACCUGGUUUAGUAAAACCUAGUUCAACAACCGGAACUACAGCCGCUACUACGACAAGCACGACCAUCAGAAGUCCACCCAAGCCAACUACUACUACUACCACUACUACCACCACUGAUAGAAUUAAGCCAACCUAUAGUGUUACUCAAACUGGAAUUAAAUCGACUACACCUUCGAUUAUUUCCACAAUUCAGGUUUCGCCUUCCAAGACACCUGUUCCUACAAUUUCAACGGAAUCCAAUAUUUACAUUCCUUUCAAUGCUUCUACCUCAACUAUUCCAAUUUCGCCACCAAAGAAACCAGAAGAUGAAUCGACAACAUAUCCACCUGGUUUGGUUACUUGGACAUCAAAUUUAGAUGAAAUUACCACUCUUAAAAUUUCCGAUGCUUCUUCAACGACCGAAGAACCAACACAAACAGAUUGGUCACCAAUAACAAAACCAGACGGAUGGAUUAUUAUUAAUUCUCCAUCUACGGAAAAAAUCGAAACAAUUACAACUUCAUCUAAACCAAUUGCAACAACAACUGAUGCUCCAUUUACAACAUCUAAACCCGUAACGGAAAUUCCAACUGCUGACACUUUUAUCACGACUAGACCAGUCAUACCAACAACAUUAUCUACCAUUGCUUCUGUCACUGUUUCUACUGAAACAACUCAAUCUAUUAUACCACCAAUCAACAUUUCUGAUUAUAAACAAGUGUGUGGCAGAAGACUAAUUCCGGAAGGAAGAAUCGUGGGUGGAAACAGCAGUACCUUUGGCAAAUGGCCCUGGCAGAUUUCGCUUCGACAAUGGAGAACAUCAACGUAUCUUCACAAAUGUGGUGCAGCUCUGCUUAACGAAAAUUGGGCUAUUACUGCAGCACAUUGUAUAGACAGUGUACCUCCAAGUGAUUUAUUAUUGCGAAUAGGAGAAUAUGAUUUGUCAAGUGAAGGUGAACCCUAUGGAUAUCAAGAGAGAAGAGUGCAAUUAGUGGCAAGUCAUCCUCAAUUUGAUUCACGAACAUUUGAAUAUGAUCUUGCUCUCUUACGUUUCUACGAGCCAAUUAAACACUUUCAACCAAAUAUUUUACCAAUUUGUAUACCAGACGAUGACGAGAGUUAUGAGGGACAUAUUGCCUAUGUUACCGGUUGGGGAAGGCUAUAUGAAGAUGGUCCUCUACCGUCGGUACUACAGGAGGUCUCAGUACCUGUUAUAAAUAACACUCAAUGUGAAGCUAUGUACGGUGCUGCUGGUUAUAUAGAAAGGAUUCCUCAUAUUUUCAUUUGUGCCGGCUGGAGGAAAGGUGGAUAUGACUCCUGCGAGGGCGACAGUGGAGGACCAAUGUCAAUUCAAAGAACACGUGAUAACAGAUGGGUGUUAGCGGGUGUGAUAAGUUGGGGAAUAGGUUGUGCGGAACCAAGUCAACCUGGAGUUUAUACGAGAAUUUCUCAAUUUAGAGAUUGGAUUAAUCAAAUCCUUCAAUUUUAGGAAAUCCCUAUAAAAAAAAAGGAUUAUGAAAAAUAUUCAUUUCCAUUAAUACUAAAAACUAUAUAUUCAUUAUAGUUCAAUGAUUGAUUUUUUUUUAAAUCAUCAUCAAAUGAACUCAAAUGAAAAAAUUGCGAAAAAGAAAUUUUUCAAUUUAAUAAUUGUAAAAACAAUUUUUUUUCUAUACAUUCUUUUUGCAAAAGAAUAAUUUGUUUUAUGAACAAAAAAAAAAAAUAUUGUCAGAAAAACAAGAUUUUUCAUAGUAAGAAUACUGAUAUUAUAAUGAAUUUCCAUCAAAAUGGUAAGAUUUUGUUCAAUUAGAACGAUAAAAAAUAGAAAAUAAAAAUACUUGCAGUAAAUUGCAUAAUAUUUAAUUUUUCAAAAUUGCUUAUUUUUUAUUUUAUUUUUUUUUUGGUUUAAAUUUUGAACCAAAAUCAAAAUAGCGAUUAUACUAAUAUAGCAAACUUCAAAUAACUCUGAACAAUGUUUAUGUGAAUAUUAAAUAUUAGCGAAUAAUUUCUACUAAACUUUGCUCAAAGGGUUAUUAAUAAAUUUCUAGUAAAAUAUUGUAGAUCUUUUUUUUUCCUGAACUUUCAAAAUUAAUUGAUUACAUCACAGAAAUAAGAAAAAAUUUAUUUAUUCUAAAUUAGUAAAUUUCAAUGAAAUUUUUACAAAAAAAAAAAAAAAAUUUCAUAAAAUCUCGUUAGUAAAAUUUUUCUAAUUUAAAAAAAAAAGAAAAUAUUAAAAAUUUCCAAUGUCACAUAGAUGUAAUCAUUUAAAAUAAUGAAAGUAACAUUGAAAAACAAAAAGAUCUGCAAAAUAAAAUUUUACGAAUUUUUAAAACAAAAGACUUAAUUUCUUUUGAAAAAUUUUUAAUUUUGAGAAAUGAAAUUUUUCUUUUGUCCUGAUCUUCAUUGUAAACGUAUAUAACUAUAUAAAGAGGGUAUAUAUAGUGCCAGAUCAAAUUCGUUCCACUUGUGCAAUUGUUGUUUAAAUUACAAAAGUUAAAUCAUUAUUUAAACUUCCUUCGAGAAAAAGCAAUUUUAUACACUCUUGCAAAGAAAAUGAAAACUCUCUCUCUCUCUAUAUAUAUAUAUAUAUAUAGGCGAAUAAUUGAAUUUUCUAUACAUAUAUAGAUAAAAUAAGAAAAGUUGAGUUUAUUUAACAGACUUUUUUUCUCAAGUCGAAAAAAGACAGCUGUGAAAAUAAUCUGAAAAAAGGAGUUUAUUUCGAAAAAAAAUCUUCAAAAAAAACAAAAAGUGUAUAAUUUUUUCGAAGAUCUCACAUCCAAAUAGAAAGUUUAAAACGGUGUUAAAUACCACAAUUGGAUACAAUUAAAUUUGUCCUAUUUUGUGAUUAAAACAUAUAGACUAAUAUCUUGAGCUAUAUAAUUAAAUAGUUAAAGCCAAAUGCUAAACUAAAAUCUAAUUAGGGUUAAAGAAGUUAUUUUUUAAUUAUUUUUUUUUUUUAAAUGAAUGACGAUUGUAACAAAACUAUUUAAUUGACACUAUUUUUAGUGUUCUACUUAAACAAUAUAUAUAUAUAUGUUCUAUAAAUUUUAAAUAUAUUUUCAAAAUGUAAAUCAAUUGGAAAAUUCUAUAUAAAAUAAUAUGAGAGAGACAAAUUAUAAUAGACAAAAUAUUGCAUAUAUAUAUAUAUAUAAAUUAAAUUUUUGUGUGAAUGUGAAUAGAUGUACAUAAAAAAAAGUGGUCUUCGAGAAAUUGUGAAUCCAUGACCUUGUAGGUAUUAUUGUCAACGUAUAAUAUAUUAUUAAAAAAAAAAACAUACGCAAAAAAGUGUCUCUAUAAUAUAGACUAUAUAAUAAUAUUUAAUUUUAUUUAUGCAAAUUUUCACAUGUAAGGAAUAAUUAAUAUUUAGAUCAAAAGGUAUAAUGUAUAUCUGUAUACGUGCUGCCACAAUUUAUUAUAAAUAAUUUAUUUUCGUAUUGUCCAAUUGUAAAGCAAAUUCUGUAAAUAUAAUCUAAUGUUACAAAUUAA